GAGGGAGGAGGAAAGGUGCAAAUAGCCCGCCCUUUUCCCUCUGCAGUUCUCAAUCAGGUCGUACUCCAGGCAAUAUAGAGAGACGGUCAGGCGUUCUCGGUACACAGCUUUGUCUGUAAAUUUAGCGAACAUGUCUGGUCGUGGCAAGGGAGGUAAGGGUCUCGGAAAAGGAGGCGCUAAGCGUCAUCGCAAGGUAUUGAGGGACAAUAUCCAGGGCAUUACCAAACCAGCAAUUCGCCGUUUGGCUCGUCGUGGGGGCGUAAAGCGCAUUUCGGGUCUCAUUUACGAGGAGACCCGGGGAGUGCUGAAGGUAUUUUUGGAGAACGUGAUCCGAGAUGCUGUUACUUACACCGAGCACGCGAAGCGGAAGACUGUGACUGCCAUGGACGUUGUUUAUGCGCUGAAGCGGCAGGGUCGUACUCUGUACGGAUUUGGAGGCUAAACCUGUGCCUGUACUUGUCAGAAAACGCUUAUAACCCAAAGGCUCUUUUCAGAGCCACC